CUUUCGGUUUGUAAUGGUUGUCAAGAUUGAUAAUUUUUCAUUCAAACUUUUUCUAAAAGUUUCAAACCUAUUUUUAAAUAACUUGUAUUCUAUAACCAUUGAUUUGUUUUCAAAGUACUGUCGAUCGACUCAACAUAUCACUUAUUUAUACAGGUGUAAGUGAUGGAACACUUUUAAGACGUUUAAAUUCACGUUUUGUUCAACACAGCCUAACGAUGACUGAAACGGGCGAGUUGUAUAAAUUUUCGUAUCUGUGGAAAGGCUGUGACUGGCUUAUGGGAUUCAAAGAAUGUGUGGACGUCCGGCGGACCGUGGAAGACGCGUGGUUGAAAGCGUCUGGCGAGGAAAUGUUUGAACAAAAAUUGAUUGGGAGUUUAGGGGAUGGCAUUGACUAUUUCAGACUGGACUUAAACGAUUUUUUCAUACAGAAAAACAUCUAUAUUUUGCCAGAUAAUAACCAUUGGAAUCCUUUGAUCGAAAAUAAAACCGUGUUUCUGGCGGAAUACAAAAGCCCAGGAUUUUGCAUGCUAAAAUAUGUGACCGGGCCAAUAUUUUCGGAAGAAGUAUAUUUCGCAAACAGUGAAUUUCAAGUCUAUUUCUCGAGCUCAAAAUUUCUGAAGAAAUGCAUGGAACUAAUACCAUGCAACUCGUACUCCGAGGGACCGGUUGUUGUGAUAAAUGGGAAAAGAAAAACCAUUGCUUUACCGGUAUUCGGUUGGCCGCCAAUAGCGAUGGAAUGGUUAACCAGAGAUCGUGCUCGGAGUUGGCCUUCUCCAGAAACGGUCCAGAAGAUUGUGAAGGACGGCUGCCAGUGCGUGGCAACUGGCCACCCUUCUUCCGAUACGAAAGAUCACGAGUGACAGCUAUCCUUUUCAGCUGCAGAAUGCGCUUUAGUACACUCUAUGGACCAUGCUACGUUUACACUCUAUCAAAUCAUGAGAAUCCUCAUUCACGAACGAUUGAACGAUUUUGAUGGUUGUGGCGAUUUGAUAUCUUCGUACAUGAUAAAAUAUUUGAUAUUUUGGGUGUGCGAGGACAAAAUACCGAAUCUUAUUAGCGCAGGGAAUUUGAAACAGAGCAUCCAGAUAUGCUUAACAAAGCUCGAAGAAUGGGUUAGAAGAGGGUACAUCCCCCAUUACUUCAUUCCAGAAAGAAAUCUUAUUGAAACACAAAUGUCACCACUACAGAAAGCGAAAGUUCUCGAACGGCUCAUAACAAUCAGAGGCGAACUUCUAACCGAGUUACUCAGUUGUCCUUCUUUCGAAAUAGUUAAAAAUGACGUCAGUGCAAACCCGCCUAUACCUGUAGAUGGUAUUGAUAUUACUUCGGAUGUAUUAAAAGCAAGAUGCGAAUAUGCCUUCUUUAAGUGCGUUGGUGUGGGGUAUUUAAGUGCGAUUCGUUGGUCUAGAACCCAACGCUACUUGCAAAAUGUAGAAGACAUAGUUGUCUCCGAUACUUUGCGUGAUAUCCAACGCGAUGCGUUGAAACAGAUAUAUUACAGAGUAGCAAGUGCUGCUGGGAGAGUGGUUUAUCGGAUUCUGCAAAUUCCUCACGCAAACAGAAGGAGGUAUUUGCUACUUCGUCUUGCAGAAACAUUUUUGAAGGUAGGAUGUGCAAGUGAUGUGACCAGUGGAAAACUGGCCCUUGCUUCCUUCUACUUCUGCACUGGAAAGAUAAGAAAGUGCAUCCUUGUCACCGAUGCGUUGUUGCAGACGAUAUUGCCCUUCACUGUGUACUUGCGGGAUUUUAGACAAAUGUCAGACAAUUCCAAUCGCCAGAAGCUGUAUCAGUCUGUGAUAUCAUCAGAUUCUCUUCCACUGUCUACAAAAAUGAAAAGAGGAUGCGUGAUCGACAUUGAAUUAUUCGGAUCCACAUCCUUGUGGCCGGAUGCAAUCGACUUAGAGAUGAAAAUAUACGGUCCUAAACCCAGGCUGAUCAUAGUACCCGCCCUGGUCUACCUUCAUUUCUUAAGAUUUUUAAGUUUUGAAGGGAUCAAUAACAGUGAAAUGAAAAUGGAGGCGUUGACAAACCUAGCUGCUAUUGCUUACGACGAUGAACAUAUCAAUGGUUCUUUUCUAACUUAUAACAUCAUAGGAAUUUGUCACCAGCGAAUUGGGAAUUUCUCGGAGGCCAUCGAAAUGUUUUGUGAAAGUGCCAAGGCAGCUAAGACGUGUGAUUGGAUGAAUGAGAAUAUGAAUCCUGGCCUUUUACGAAUCGGGUUUAUUCUCAAUAAGAAGUUUAGACCAAAAAAGGAAUCAGUUGACUCAUAUUCGUUAUAAUGAUGUGAAGACACAAUAUUGUCUUCUCCUAUGUGACAUUCAUUUAGGAUCGGGCUUGUUAGAUACACGUAUAUAUGAUAUACAAUGUGUAUGUAUUUGUUAGAUAGACGUAUAUAUGAUAUACAAUGUGUAUGUAUUUGUUAGAUACACGUAUAUAUGAUAUACAAUGUGUAUGUAUUUGUUAGAUACACGUAUAUAUAAUAUACAAUGUGUAUGUAUUUGUUUAGCCUCGGACUAGAAUGGCGCUCUGUCAUUGGAGGAUUACCGACUAAAUUUCUCUAGGUGCAAACCUUAUAAGUAAUCAGACGCCUCGGGGCUAGUACGCAAGUACGCAACUGCGUACGCAUCAUUCAUUUGAGAGAGAGAGAGAGAAAUUCUGCCGUUAAAAUAUCUGUGCUUCAAAAUAUAGUUCCGAUUUAUAAUUUAUUCAGUAUCAUAAUCUCCAUUCAAUCAAAUUUAUAGAGUCCUUUGCGAAUUUCAAAUCAUCAACAUUGUGUCGAAUAUCACUUUAAUGUAUAUCAUGUAUGUAUAUCAAGUAGACGGAUUUAGGGUAUUCUUUGUUAUCAGUAGCAUUUACCACAUAUACCAGUCGAAAACAACGAAAAGAGUAGAUUGGUGGUUUUUUUUUUCUGUUUUCCGCCACACUCAACAAUUUUUCAGUUAUCUGCUGGCGCCCAGUUUUUAUCGAUGGAAGAGAGAACCCAGAUACAAUGUACCUGGGAAGAGACCACCGACCUCCAGAAAGUAAACUGGGAAACUUUCUCACUUACCGGCGCGAGAGGGAUUCGAACCCGCGCCGACCAGAGGUAAGAGGCCACGGGCCCCCCGAAAAGAGUAGACAACACAAUGUAAAAUCAGUCCAAGUACACAGGGAGAGUUUACAUCAUAAAACACUUUAGAAAAUUAUUUUGUGAAUUCUCUGUUUUAGAAAUUGACUAGAAACCUUGUUUCAUUGGUAAAACCUAGGGGCUUCACCCCAGCGCCCUCCGCCAGGGCUUUCCCAUACUUUGUGUACUUCAUUUUCUUUCCGGCUAUGCGCCUGGUAAUAAUCAAUUGUUUUUUUGUUUUUUUUUACUAUGAACUUUGGCUCUGUUGGUUAUUAAAUGUUAUUUUAACAAUCGAGAUUUGACAAUGAGGCACGUCCGACCAACCGAGUCUGCUAAAUGAUAGGUCCGGUCGAGUAAAAUGUCGGUUUACUAGUCCGACUGGUCGUGUUGAAAAAAUUAAAAAAGAAACUUCGGCCGCCAGGAGAUUAUAUGUUGUGGUUUUGAAAAUAUGACUGUGAUUUACUGCAGGCCUACACUAUGAAAUAAUAAACUUAAUUACUGUAUAUACAAUCAAA